AUGGCAACGGCCACUACUAUGAAGGCACUGAACUAUAUCGGGCCAUACCAAGUCCGAGUGGAGGAAGUUGAGAAGCCUAAAUUAGAGCAUCCAGACGAUGUCAUCGUGAAAGUUACAACGGCUGCAAUCUGCGGCUCAGACUUGCACAUGUAUGAAGGCAGAACUGCCGCAGAGCCAGGCAUUACCUUCGGCCACGAGAAUAUGGGAAUCGUCGAGGAACUAGGUGAAGGAGUGAUAUCGUUGAAGAAGGGAGACCGUGUCGUGAUGCCGUUUAACGUUGCUGAUGGUCGGUGUCGCAAUUGCGAAGAAGGAAAGACGGCAUUCUGUACGGGCGUCAACCCCGGAUUCGCUGGUGGCGCGUAUGGCUACGUCGCUAUGGGGCCUUAUCGUGGAGGCCAAGCUCAGUACAUUCGCGUUCCUUUUGCAGACUUCAAUGCUCUAAAAUUGCCCCCGGGUAAAGAACACGAAGCCGACUUCGUUCUUCUCGCAGAUAUUUUCCCCACCGGCUGGCACGGUGUUGAAAUUUCCGGAUUCCGGUCAGGUGAAAGCAUCGCUGUCUUUGGUGCAGGCCCUGUUGGUUUGAUGGCCGCUUAUUCGGCCUCUUUACGCGGCGCCUCCAACAUCUACGUGGUUGACCGUGUCCCCGAGAGACUAGCAGCUGCCCAAAAGUUCGGCUGUAUCCCGAUCGACUUUACCAAGGGUGAUCCCGUCGAUGAAAUUAUCAGUCACAAUGGUGGAGAGGUAGACCGGUCAGUCGACGCCGUCGGUUACCAGGCUGUCGACUCUAGUGGCUCUUCCGAAAAGGCGAAUAUCAUUCUUGAAAACAUGAUUCGUGUAACGCGCGCAUGCGGGGGAAUGGGGAUUCCCGGGCUCUACGUCCCCAGCGACCCCGGUGCAGCUGAUACGGCCUCCGCCAAUGGCAUGAUUAGUCUUAGUUUCGGAAAGCUCUUUGAGAAGGCAAGUGAUUUGCUGACAUGCAUCGAGGCCGUCAACCUUGCUAAUUUGUUGCAGGGUCUGUCUCUCAGCACUGGUCAGUGCAAUGUUAAGGCAUAUGAUCGAUACCUCCGGGAUAUGAUCAUUGCUGGGAAGGCGAAACCUAGCUUUGUCAUCUCUCACGAGAUCGGCCUUGACGGUGUGGUGGUGGCGUAUGAGAAAUUUGAUAAGCGUGAAGAUGGGUAUACAAAAGUGAUUAUUCACCCGAAUGGGGGCUUUUAA